GAAAUAUAUUCAGAUACAAGUUAUCAUUUGCGGUGAAGUCAAUUUUUAACUUGCCUAGUUAUACAGUUAGGGGUUAUAAAAUCUAGAUCAUGGCAACGUUUGUCAUAAAGCACAAGUCUGGUGGUAAAUUUUUACAUCCAUUCGGCGGUCGAUCGAAUCCAGGAAACGACACUAAUUUAGUUUUAUACGAAGGAACACCAGACCAUACGCAUUUUACCUUUGAUGUUGAAGAUGAUCAUUGGGGAUACAUACGGCACGUAGCUAGUGGUAAAGUUAUACAUCCGUAUGGCGGCUGGUUGAACCCGGGAAACAAUACGGAUCUUGUCCUACACCAGGAUCGUCAUGGAGGCGCCCUCUUCUGUAUCGAUAGUGCAAAUGAUGCCAUUAUACACAAAGGAGGAAAGUUUUUUCAUCCGAAAGGUGGAAGCCACAAGCCUGGGAAUGACACAAAUGUAUGUCUUCAUCAAGAUCAACAUUAUGCAAUGAGGUUUGAAUGUGUAUCUCCAAACAAUACCAGCGAAGAUGUGCUAGUUUAUGGUGCACCAACCUUACGUGGAAAGUGGAAAAUUAUCAAUAUGGUUAUAAAUCCGGCAGCGUUACACAAGUACACCUUCCAAUACAAAGUUGGGAAGUCCAAAACUGAGAGUACUAGUUAUUCGUUUUCGUUUAAGUGGGAAACGACAGCAGGUGUUUCAGCUGGUAUCGUGUCUGCAUCAGCGUCAGCAUCCUUAUCAACUAUGUUUGAAAGAACAUCUGCUUCAACAUGGUCGGAGGAGACAACAGUUACACGAGAGAUAACAGUUAAACCAGGAGAAUCUGUGGUUACUUGGCAAUUUGUUUUUACAUGUGAUCAGCUAAACCACAGAGCCAAGUUUAACAGCAACUUGCUUGCAGACACUCGAAGUCCAAAUGAUGUUCCUGACGACAUUGCUGGAACUGGAUUUUGAACAGAUAGCUUACAAUUUUCAUACUAAUAUCUAGACUUGCUUUAUAUUAUAUUUUAUUCACCCUCAAUUUUUGGAAUAUAUAUUUAUGUAAACUUUGUAAUUUGACAUCGAUCAAUUCAUACCGAGAAAGAACAUAUGUGAUUUGAAAUAUUUACUGAUUUUGUAUAUACAAUGUAUCAUCAAAUAUUCAUUUUGUACUCAUUUUGUGGUGUUACUGUGCACGUUUUGAUUUAUAUAUUUCUUUUGUGUACUUUAUAGUUUUUCAUUACGAUCUUAAGUAUCCGUAACAAUGACCGUUGCAUAGAAGUUUUAAUCAAAAAGAAAAAGUUUAAACGUCUAUAACUUUUAUGGGUGGAAGUGGAGGUUUUAAGUAAAUUGUAAUAUUUUUUGAUUUGCUAUAUUCAACGCUACCAUGGUUUUAUAAAAAAAUAUGUUUUCGGAAAUAAUCGAUAUUAUAUUUUCAUCUUCACCCUUUGACCAUUACAAUAAUUAACGAUGCUAAAAUCAUGGCUAUCAAGAACGGUAUUUCCUUUGAUUGGGCGAUAAUGAUAUCAUGUUUGAUGUUCGAAAUUGCGUGUUAUAUCUAAAAUGUAGAGGUGACGACAAUUUAAAAUACACAUAUCUAAGACAAGAGGUAUUAACGAUUGUACUAUUCCAAGCAGUAUAGAAACGAAAAUGUUUAUUGUGGGUAAAUUCAAUUUUUCAUACAAACUAUCCUGUACGAAUGCAAUUUGGCAUGAGAGGCCAUUCAUCUACUGAAUUUUCAAUUUAAAAACAAGUUAAUAUUCAGACCAACGAUAAAAAUGAGUUGCAGAAAAAAGCAUAUAAUAGAUAAGGCAAGUAUACUCGGAAAAUUAUUUGUUUUUUUGCUUUUGCUUAAACAUUCAAAUCAGAUAAAAAGAUGUUAAAUAAUGAUUAUUCUCCUGAAGGCCAAAUCUUUCGAACGUUUCAUGUUUUUGCUCUGCCAUCGCUCUUUAAUUAAAUCAAUAUUACCGUCUGUACAAUAAAUCCCAUGUUUAAAAUCAGAUUCAAUAAAUCUUUAAUUUGA